AAACAACAAGGGCAAGGGAUUUUAAAACGCAAACACUCGGCACAGUAAUAGUUUUAUAUGUUUUAAGUUUAUAAAAUUGCGUUUUAAUAUGUUUGUGACCGAUAUUCGAAAGGAUUUUUAUGAUGUUGUCGUUAAUCAGAGAGUGGCUUUGCUGGUGUCUCCUGACAUUGAUGGCCUCUGUGCAUGUAAAGUGCUGCAGGCUCUGUUUCACUGUGAUCAAGUCCAGUACACACUGGUCCCUGUCAUGGGAUGGCAGGAUUUGGGGACUGCGUUUAUGGAGCACAAAGAACAGUACCAGUAUUUUGUUUUGAUAAACUGUGGGGCAAAUGUGGACCUGCUGGAGACCCUUCAGCCUGAGGAAGACUCUGUGUUCUUCAUCUGUGAUACGCACAGACCUGUUGAUGUUGUCAAUGUUUACAAUGACACUCAGAUUAAGCUCCUGAUAAAGCAAGAUGAUGAUCUUGGCAUUCCAUCCUAUGAUGACAUCUUCCGUGAUGAUGAGGAAGAGGAAGGAGGUGACGGAGAUGAUUCUGGGAAUGAGAGCGACGGCAGCACAGAGCCUUCUGGGAAACGGAGGCGUUAUGACGAGGGUGCAUUGGAAAGGAGAAUAGAGCGGCAACGGGCUCGACGUGAAUGGGAAGCUCGCAGGAGAGAGAUUCUAUUUGACUAUGAGCAAUUUGAGUUCCAUGGAACCUCCGCGGCAAUGGUGAUGUUUGAGCUGGCCUGGGUAAUGUCUAAAGACACCAAAGACAUGCUGUGGUGGAGCGUUAUUGGACUGACUGAUCAGUGGGUUCACGACAAAAUUCCACACAUGAAAUAUGUGACGGACAUCGCAACUCUGCAACGUCACGUGUCCCGACACAAUCAUAGAAACGAGGAUGAAGAGAACUCGCUCUCCAUCGACUGCAUGAGGAUCUCAUUUGAAUACGAUCUGCGUUUGGUGUUGUAUCAGCACUGGUCUCUGUACGAGAGCAUCUGUAACUCCUGCUACACUUCCUGCAGCUUUAAAAUCUGGUCUAUGAAUGGACAGAAGAAACUGCAGGAGUUCCUGGCAGACAUGGGUCUCCCACUCAAGCAGGUGCGGCAGAAGUUUAACUCCAUGGAUAUGUCGAUCAAAGAGAACCUGCGUGAAGUCAUCGAGGAAUCGGCCAAUAAAUUUGGUAUGAAAGAUAUUCGUGUUCAGACGUUCGGCGUACACUUUGGCUUUAAGAACAAAUUUCUGGCCAGUGAUGUAGUUCACGCUGCUGCCGCCCUGCUGGAGAACGUGGAGAAGGACGAAACACCAACAGACAACUUCAUCAAAGCUCUGGACUCUCUGUCCCGGAGUAAUCUGGAGCGGUUGCAUUUAGGUAUCAAUCUGGCGAAGAAGAAACUGAAGGCCAUUCAGCAGACGGUGGCUAGCUGCAUUUGCACAAACCUCAUAUUGUCACAGGGCCCUUUCCUUUACUGUCAUUUAAUGGAGGGAACACCAGACGUGAAGCUGUUCUCCAAACCUCUGGCACUGACUCUGCUUUGUAAAUAUCUGCUCAAAGCUUUCGUCUGCUCUACAAGAAAUAAACGUUGUAAAAUCUUGCCGUUGAUAAUGGCCGCUCCUCUCGAUGUGGAAAAGGGAACUGUGAUCGUCCUGGGAAUUCCACCAGAGUCAGACACUUCCGACAAGAAAAAUUUCUUUGGCAGGGCUUUUGAAAAGGCUGCUGAGAGCACCAGCUCCAGAACUCUGCAUGAUCAUUUUGACACAUCAAUAAUUGAGCUAAAGAUGGAGGAUCGGGGCAAGUUUCUGGAUGCGCUCAUCACCCUACUAUCAUAAAGCCCCAGUGCAUCCUCGUAAUGAUCGUCAAAUUACCCACACAAACUCUGGACAUGAACUGUGUGUGCAUAUGUGUAGGAUUUCCCCUCAACUGGUUUGAGUCCUCUUCAUGCGCGCACACAGUUUCUCCAUGCAUGGAAUUUUACACCCCUUGUGUAAACGUGAGAUUUGCCGUGUUCUCAGGCAGUUUGGUGCCAAAUGCCUCCACAGAAGUUCGUCUUUUAUGCCGUCUACAGUGCUUCCUGAAGACAUCAAACAUCUUCCUCCGGGAUCAGUUGAUGUUUUGGUCAUGUGGUGCCAGACAUUCUGGAACUGUACUGAACUGUGUUUGUGUCCGUACAGGCCUGAUAUUAGUGUUUUGUGUUGUGUAAUUUU